AUGGACAGCGACCAUUAUCCCCUCAAUUUGGAUGAGAACUACUCCUAUGAGUACUCUGCGAAUGAGAGCAGCAACGCCUGCGAGAUGGGAGACUACUUGGUGUUCUACACCCAUCUCACCACCGUGCUCUACACACUGGCCUUUCUGCUCAGCCUGCUGGGGAACACUCUGGUGCUAUGGAUCCUGCUCAGAUAUGAGAACCUCACAUCUUUAACCAACGUCUUCCUCCUGAAUCUCUGUGUCUCUGAUCUGGUCUUCUCCUGCAUGCUGCCCUUCUUGGCAGUAGACCAGUCCUUUGGGUGGGUGUUUGGUGAGUUCCUGUGCAAGGCAGUGAAUGCUGUUUUCUCCAUCGGCUACUACAGCGGUGUUUUCUUUCUGACUCUCAUGACUAUCCUGCGGUACUUGUCAGUGGUGAACCCCCUCUCCAGUUUGAGAUCCCAGACGCAGCACUGUGGUCUUCUGGUGAGCUUGGCUGUCUGGACUGGUAGCAUCUUAAUUGUGGUGCCCGAGGUGAUUCAGACCACAGUGAAAGAGACCUUGGAUAGGUAUAACACCUGUGAUUAUGCCGACUGGAAAUGGAAGAAGGUGGACAUUUAUCAGAGGAAUGUUCUCUUCCUGUUUUCCUUUGGGGUCAUCGUCUUCUGUUAUGUCAAGAUCCUGAUAAUCCUGCUCAAAGCCAGAUCUCGCAGAAAGCACAGAACUGUGAAACUCAUCCUCAUUAUUGUGGUGGCUUUUUUCCUGAGCUGGGCACCUUACAACAUCCUCAGCUUUCUGAUUACUUUCCCAGCACCUAACUGUCAGUAUCAGAAAGACUCCAGCCUUGCCUUUUACAUCAGCCGUAAGAUUGCUUUCUCCCACUGCUGCCUCAACCCCGUGCUCUAUGUGUUUGUGGGAGUCAAGUUCAAGAGGCAUUUGCUGCGCUUAUACAGUCACUGUUUGUCCUGUGGCUAUGGCCAAGUCUCCAGCCCCAGGAUCUACUCUGAAGGUAAAUUCCACUAUGAAGGUGCAUCCAUCUACUGA